GCGAACGAUGAAUGGCAAUAUAGAGUUUAUCAAUUUAUUCGAGUGCUAAUUUGAUAAUUUCACCUGUGCUGGCGGCUGACGCACUCGACAAGGCUGUAAAAACCUGGGCGCAACAACAAGAAUUCAAAACAGCGUGACUCACGCACAUGCCACGCACCUGGUGCAGUUGCCCAUCCCUAGCUGCUGCCCCCGAAAGACGAAAACACGUAAAGGAAUAAAAUGUAUAGUUUUUAGCAGCAAAAGCGGUGCGCGGGCUCAAAACCAAAACGUUUUCAAGUAUUAAACUACCAAUUAAGCAACGAUCCUCCUAGUGACAUAGUCAAACUUUACGCCGCGCACCGUGAUCGCCGCUUUUUAUCGCCUUUCCGCCUGGCCACCGCUACAUGUCCAUUUUUGGUGAAGAAUUUCUCGCCAAAUUCUCACCCGCGGCCGGACGCAAUGAGAGAUGAGAUUUAACUGGCUGAGCGAGUACGUGGCCAGCAUCUCUAGCAGCAUCGAUCGAGAGUCCAGUCCCUGGCGGCAACUGCAGCAGCAGGUGCAGCAGCUCACCUUCACCCCGCAGGCCAUAUACUGCCGUAUCAAGUCCACUUCCGCCGAAGCACUGGAGCACGUAGUGAUCGCCUGUGUGGUGUACUUGCUAGUAUGCCUGGGCCUCUACAAGCUCACCUUUUGGCUCUCCACGCCGCCGGCUGGCGGGGCUCACAACAACAACAAUGCUCCGCCCGGAACCGGAGACGAGCGGGAGUCUGGUGGACUGAAACAGGCACUGCAGUCCGGACUACGGCUGCGUAGCGUUCGGCUGCCAAAGACGACGCAUAUGGAGCGCGUCCUGCUGGUAACCGCCCAUCCGGAUGACGAGUGUAUGUUCUUUGGGCCACUGAUCUACUCGCUGACACAGCGUCAAGGCUGCCAGGUGUACAUACUCUGCUUGUCCAACGGCAACUACGAACAUGCCGCCAAGCUGAGGCGUCAGGAAUUGUGGCGCUCGUGCUCCAAGCUGGGUGUGCCCGAGUCCAACAUUGUGCUGAUGAAUGCAACCAACCUGCCGGAUGACCCGAAUGUGGACUGGCGCCCGGAUGUGGUGGCUAGCUUAAUACUCCACGCCGUUGAAAGUCUCGACAUCCAGGCGAUAUUCACGUUCGAUCGCGAUGGCGUCAGCUCGCAUCCGAACCAUUGCGCCGUGUACUACGCGGCCGCAUCGCUGUGCUUGGCCAACCUUUUGCCCAAAGAUUGCAAGUUCUACACCUUGGACUCGAUAAAUGUGGUCAGAAAAUAUCUGUCCAUUUUCGAUCUUCUGUGCACGUGCUUUAUGUCAACACAUUGGUGCAUUCUGAACUGGAGGGAGGCGGCGAUUGUGAGAAGUGCCAUGAAGGAGCAUCAGUCGCAGAUGAAGUGGUUUCGCUGGCUCUACAUCUACACGUCGCGCUACAUGUUUAUCAAUUCAAUGCGGCAGAUAAAUCUCUCAGAUGUGGAGUUGGAAAUGCAGAUACACGACAAUUAACAAAUACGGAAGGAUAUUAAAGGGAAACAACACCAAAAGACAAACUACCUUCAUGAUCGGAUGCAGAACGCGAAGUUUUUAUUUUAGACUCUGACGAUUCUACUAGUAUACAACACGUAUGUAGCUACUGUUGGCCAAAUGAUCGAAAGCAAUUGGAAUAUAUCAAUAUCCAAACCAAAACCAGGGAACAAAGAAAGAACCAGGCAGUAACCGCAACCGCAACCACAAAACAGUCCAUUAAUUAGUUUCACUCAUACAAAAUGGCAUAUCUUUAACUCUGCAUAUUUAUUAGUUAGCUCUAAUUAUUAUUUAUACUCAGUCCAAGCAAUGUUCCAAAGUGUGCGAUGUAGUCAAAUGCUUUAAAAUUAAAAGAGAUGUAUGCGUUAUUAUUCUAA